AGGAGGAGAGAGGGAGGAGGAGAGUGGGAGGGGAGUGUAGAAGGCUCUAAGGGAAAGCGGCAGAGGCCAGAGAGGAGGCACGGCGGACGGCGGGGAAGGCAGAGGUGUCAGGGGAAGGACAGGGCGGCUUCGGACACCCUCGGCCGCAGCGCGGGGCAGCCGCCCGCCCAUCCGCCCUCCCCGCCCGCGCGCCGCGGCACCAUGGUGGACAGGGGCCCCUUGCUGACCUCGGCCAUCAUCUUCUACCUGUCCAUCGGGGCGGCGAUCUUCGAGGUGCUUGAGGAGCCGCACUGGCGCUCGGCUACCGACGACUACAAACGGCAGAAGACGGAGCUACUCAAGCAGUUCCCCUGCCUGGGCCAGGAGGGGCUGGACAAGAUCCUGCAGGUUGUAUCAAAUGCUGCUGAUCAGGGAGUUGCCAUCACUGGGAACAACACUUUCAACAACUGGAACUGGCCUAAUGCUGUGAUCUUUGCUGCUACUGUAAUCACUACGAUCGGUUACGGAAAUGUUUCUCCAAAGACACCCUCUGGGCGUCUCUUUUGCAUAUUUUAUGGGCUCUUUGGAGUUCCUCUGUGCUUGACGUGGAUCAGUGCUCUGGGGAAGUUCUUUGGAGGACGUGCCAAGAGGCUAGGCCAAUUUCUGACAAAAAGAGGAGUAAGCCUGAGGAAAGCACAAAUUACAUGCACAGCUAUUUUCAUUGUUUGGGGUGUCUUGGUCCAUCUGGUUAUUCCUCCUUUCGUCUUUAUGGUGACUGAAGGAUGGGAUUACAUUGAAGGUCUCUAUUACUCGUUCAUUACUAUCACUACCAUAGGAUUUGGAGAUUUUGUUGCUGGUGUAAAUCCAGAUGCAAACUAUCAUGCCCUUUACAGAUACUUUGUGGAAUUGUGGAUCUAUCUGGGACUAGCUUGGCUUUCACUCUUUGUCAACUGGAAGGUCAGUAUGUUUGUAGAAGUCCACAAAGCAAUCAAGAAACGGAGAAAAAAAAGAAAGGAGUCAUUUGACAACCAUCCUCGGUCUAAAAAACCCCUUCAAAUGGGUACCUCAAAAGAUGUGAACAUUUUCAGCUUCCUUUCGAAAAAGGAAGAGACAUACAAUGAUCUUAUCAAGCAAAUUGGAAAGAAGGCCCUGAAGACAAACAAUGACAAGAUUAUUAAAGUAGAAAAUACCAAACAAAAUAUGCAGAAUGCCAUUAAAGAUGCUCAGGUGACUUACACAAAGUCAGAGUCAUUUGAGUAUGAUGAGUCUUCCCUGGACAUUCAAAAUGGUCAUGUUUUGAGACAUCUGCAUGAUAAACGUAUUGGAGACAGUCCUAUUGAAGGAAACAUGUUUGUAAACCAGCUGGACAGGAUAAGUGAAGAAGAAGGUGAAGUAUGGGAUUCCAGAGACUAUCGACCCUUAAUAUUUGAGAAUGCAAAUAUAACAUUUGUAAAUGAGGAUGAUGAUGAAGAGGAAGAUAUCUCAGAUGAUGAGGAAACUUCAAAAUCCUCAAUGGAUGAUAAUAUUGUAGAGGAACCUGAAAUUGCAAAAAACCUAGUAAAAUUCCCAUCGUCUGAUGAAUCUACCUUUACCAACAAUGAGCUAGAACUUUCUGUGCCUUAUGAACAACUGAUGAAUGAAUAUAAUACAGUAAGCAAUGCAAAGGCUGCAACGUGAAGUGAACUUAGUAGUGGUUUUCUGAAAAUGAUCAAUGCAUAUCGAAGAAAUUAACAGAGCAAGGAGAAAAGCUUGUUUUUGCAGCUUUUCCUGUCUCUUUGAAAACAAAAGCAAGUCCCAAACUAAUAACCUGCAGUGUCCUUUUUCCUAUAUUAAGUUGGUUUCUGAGCCCAUCUGCUAUGUUUAUCUGAAAAAACUUGUAAAAUACCAGUUGAAUUAGGAGUCUGACUCCUUCUUGGAAUUUUAUGGUUCUCAAACAAAGUAGACAAAAAAAGACUAGUUAAUACACUGGACCUGCUCUGCGUUUAUGCAUUUCAUUGAGGAAUUAAUUAGUUUGGGAGUGUAACUACACAGUUGCAAAGAGUUUGUUUCAGGCAUCAAAUGUGUUCGGUUACUCCACUAGCCCUUCACCUCUGAAAACCUGGAUCUAAGUAACGCUUUGAUCAGAAAUGGAAGCAAGAGGUUUGCUUUUUAAAAAAGGUACUCGUUGUUACCACAAAAAAUGGUGAAACCACAAGUUGUUCUUGAUGAGAAACUUUAAAUGGAACACUAGAGACAAACAGAUCUGAGCUGAGGUGUGCUGGCAGACUGAGGAGGAAGCUUUAAAACAUCUGUCUAGAAUAUGUCUGUGCUUGCCAAAUUAUAAUGAAUUGCAAUUUUGUGAAUAAAAUAUUAAUAUUUAAAAUUCCAUGGAAUGGAUUGAGAAGGAGCUCUCUAACAAGGAAGAAAUAUCUGGGAUGAAGCUUACCAAUUGGGCUGCUAAACUGCAACUCAGCCCCAGAACUGUUGAAGAGUAAGGAGACUGGAGGACCUACUGAUCAAAGCCUGUAGGAGCACAAACAAGAUGCAACUUUUUAAUGUUGAAAGUGUCCUUCCACUGUCCAUUUCCUAGAGGAAAUACUUGAAUGAACUUUAUACAGUAUCUAUGUGUGUGCAGUUGAAGUUUCAGUGAUGCUGUUCGUCUGAGGGUAAAAAAUUGCCUUUGGAGACACAGAUAUUCUCCAAACGCGCUAAUGCCUGUCAGAAUAGACCUGUAGCACUACUGCUGAACUGUGCAGUGUGUUAGUCAGUAUUGUUAUUUGAUGUUCCUCCCAGCCUUGGUACUUCAGACUAGACUUGAAUGAGAGAUGAUUUUUGAAACAGUUGAUUAUAAUUUGCUUAUUCGAUUUGUUUUACAGUUUGACCUAUGUGCAUAUGCAAUGGUUAUUCUAUCCUACUUUCAAGAAGGCUGAACAACAUCAAAUCCUGUGCAAAACUGUGAUAUGAUAAAGUGACUUGAGAACUUAAGUCACUUUUUAAAUGGGACUUUGGCUCUAAACUCCUGAAAGUAAUUUGGGUUGGAAAUGGGCUUUUGACUGAGAAGGACUUAUCUCUUUUAAUAAUGUUUAAGCCCAAAUUAUUUUGGCUACAAAGAAAAUUAUACCAUGGUUUUUAUUUUUCUUUCAUUUUCUGUACCAUGCAUUAACCCUGACAGCUCUCACAAACAUGGUUCUUGAUUGCAUGCUGGCAAAAAGAACUGACUAUGGUUAUAUCUGAUAUACUUGGAACAGAAAAUAGCCAAGGCCUUUGAACCUUAGUAUGUCAAGUUCUGUUAUUUUGUAUAGUUUCACUGUAUUUAUGUCGUUGCUCUAUGUCCUGAAGUUUUCAAAGUUCAGUGAACAGUUAAAGUUGUCUCAUUCUCAUUUUCAGUGUAAUGCUGGCAGACUUGCUAGCUUUGCAAGAAAAGCAUAUGGAAUCUUGCAGUGCUAAUCUUUAAUUACUAGACUUUUGUAAUAACUGCGAAUAUUGGCUGCAGCUUCAAUUGCUGGCCUCUCCUUUGGAAACUGGCACUCUGGAUAUCCUGCUGACAAGAAGUUUUGAAGUCAUGACUGUGAAACAAGGGACUGUCUUUCUCUUUUAUUCUGUCUUUAAUCUUCCACGUAUAUGAGAUUUCUCAAAUAGAAAGUGAACUGUCUUACUGACAAAAAUGUGGCAUCGGUGUAGUUGGAGUCAGAUGUUAAUGUGUAUUUGAUCGGUGAAGGGAGAUUGUAAUUUCAAAUCCAACUGUAUAUGUUAUUGCCAUUUGCAGUAGGGGUGGCUGGAUGAAUUUGACUUGUGCUAUCAAGAAGAUUCUGGUUUAAUUCUAAUUGACUCCCCCACCAUGUACACACCUCUGCAUUGUUUUUAAAUGACUCCAAGCCCUCCUUCAACUUCUUUUAUAUCUGAAGGAGCGUGGUUGACAGCUGUAUCUUGUAGCUGUAAGAUAUGUUAGGUAAGAAGGCAUACCUGGUACAGCAGCAAGUCUAGCCUUUUUUUUUUUCUUUUUCUUUCUUUUUCUUUUUUUUUUUUUUUUUUUUUUUUUUUUUUUUUUUUUUAAGAAAAUUAGAAAGCACUCCUUAUAGCUUUUUUGUUCUCCAACUUGUCUUCCAUUAUUGAUGCAAAGAUUGAAGUUUUAGCAACAAUUAUUAAGCUCACAACAAUAAGGAGAGAAGAAGCUUGCUGAAAUUGUAUGAAAUGGAAAAGCAUAGUCAAGGCUUGAUCUUCAUUUCAAAAAAGUAAGUGAAUAAAUUUCUGUUCAAUACAGAAAUAAUACAACCCAGACAUUUGGCUGGGCUAUGAUUGGGAGGGAUGUUGCACACUGGAGCACAAGCUCUCCAUUCUCUGUUGCAGAGUGCUGCACUUGUGUGCCAGAGCUGAGAAUGGCUGGUAUCUGUUUCGUAUUAUCAAGCUAGAUGUGGCUCUUUGGCCUUUCCAAGUGUAGUCAAUGUAGACUGUAUGUAUAUAUAGUGAGAUUUAAAAUAAUGGUUUAAAUUUAUUUUAAAAAGAACAAAAUUCCCACUUUCUUGGGGAAACACCUCACAAAACUGUUCUCAAGACAUCCCAUCAUGUGCCUUAAUGCAGUCCUGCUAUUGGGAGAAAAACAAAUCGUUUUUACACAGGAGCCAACACAAUUGGUCUUGUUAAGCCCUGCUUAUUCUGAGUGUUUUGGAGGGUUUUAUUUGGCACACAGUUUUCAUGCUGGCUCUCUCCACAAAUUUUAACCAUUUCCCAGGGUUUUUAAAAUUAUGGUGCCAUCUCAAAUGUAUUGAAGUGCUAUGCCAGAAGUUUAUUGUCUGCCUGUCUUCCAUGUCUUGAGAAGAGUGAUGUAGAGGAGUGUCCAGGCUGGAUUUUGUGCUAUUCAGCUUCCCAAGUGCCUCUGGUUAAUUUGAAUGAACUCCCCAGUGCUACUUCAUACAGCUUUGUAGUUAUUUUAUUUAUCUGGUCAAUCUGGAAACAUUUUCUUUGAAUGCCACAUAAGAUUUCAUUUGACUAAUUAGCUGAUCUCUUAAUGCAAUGUAAUUACUUUUUAUAGGUGAGGUAGAUCUCCUACUUGAAAGAGGAGUUAAUUUAAAAAACAGAACACUUAAAAGCAAUAUAGAAAACAAAUGAAUAGAAGUGAAAACUCUUCUUGAAAACUUUCUGAUUAUUGCCUACAAGUAGAUUGUAUUUUCAGUUGCAUCAUGUGAGGCAUGGGUCUACUUCCACAACAGUAACUUGCUAAUUUUACCAAGAUAAGCCAAUUCAUUAAUAAGUAAAUAAAAUCUGGAAACAUGACAACAAAUGUUUGUUCCUACAAAGGUCCUUUUUAAUAUUAUAGACCAGGUGACUUCACCCUUCACGACAUCGUGACACUUCUUGCAUUUGUCCUAUGCUAUUGAAGCCUGUUUUUAGCAGAAGGGUGGCUUUUUCAGAUAUAAAUCUCACAACAGGCAAUCUGACAGAUCUGAUGACACUGGUACGAAAUUGCUAAGGAAAUAUAAGAAGUGGUGUGUUACUUUUUUUCUGAACUAGUGCUUUUUGAAUCUGUUGCUGGCAAUGGAUUUCAGAAAACAUACAGAAAUAAAACCAUAGAUUGAUAACAGAUCCAUGGUGACACAGUUGUAUAUUGUGAGAUAUUUUUCUCCAGUUGAACUGAGAGAAUAAAGUAGAAACAGACAAGCAUUACUGAUGAGGAGAGCAAAAAGCAAUAUACAAGUCAGUUGACCUGAACAGAAAACCAAGAAUUCUGUUGUAGACUUGUAAUUUUUGUGCCUCCUGAGAUUCAUUCCAUUUGUGAUGGAUUUAUGUUUAAAAAAAAUAAGCUUGUCUUUCAUAUGGCUUUUGAAGUUUGUACAGUUCUUUCUUUAUCACUCCAUAAUAUGCCUGUCUGUUCUUUGUUGCUGAUUGUCACUGGAAUCACACUGUAUGUAAAUAUUUGCUAAGUCUUUUAAAAUGUAAUUUAUUUUAAUAUUUUGCAAUAAAAGUUUUAACAUUUACCUUCUCUGA